GCAAGAUAGAGGAACUGGGGUGAGCAAGCACUGUGGCUUUGUCUGUUUCCUGUUUCAGCAAAGGCUGCUGUGCAAAAAGAAAGACCGUACUAACAAGGGAAACGCUAAGGGGGCCCGGAGCCACAGAUUGAGAGCUUGCACUUUACUCAGCUGCUGUCCUGCCCCAUCUGAGACCAGAGCCACGAUCUGCCCAGGAGCUGGAAUGCUCUCCUGAGUUGUUUGGUUUGGAGCCUGGGACCCAAGACCCAGGGAGCUAUUCCAGGAACUGGAAGCCAAGCACAACAGGUGCUCAGGAGGUCAUCAUGAUCAGCCCGGACCCCAGGCCUUCCCCUCGCUUGGCCCGGUGGGCUGAGAGCUACGAGGCCAAGUGUGAGCGCCGGCAGGAGACCCGUGAGAGCCGCCGCUGCCGCCCCAAUGUGACCACUUGCCGCCAGGUGGGGAAGGCACUGAGGCUCCAGCAAAGAGAGCAGCUCCAGAGAGCACGACAACAGGAGUUCUUCAGGAGGAGGAACUUGGAGGUAGAGGAGAAAGGCAAGGCCCAGAGCCCCAGGGCCAAGGAGCGAGGUCCCUCCAGGAGGCCAGGCCAGCCAACUAACCUCAAAGAACCCUUGUCUGGGGCCCACAGGAUCUCUUUCCCCCAGCAGCAGGUGUCAGACACCAGCUCUGAGAUCUUUCGAACCCAGCGUCACCUUCCCUCAGGCACCUGGAGGGAUCUACCUGACCGCCUCUCCCAGGCCAGGGACUUUUCACUGAAGGACUCUCCCACCAAAAAACCACCCCAGCACCAUCGCGGCACUCAGACAAAGGCCGAAGCAGCCCAGCCAACAAUUAAGAAUGAUGCCAGUCAGCAAACCAAUUAUGGAGUUGCGGUUCUGGAUAAGGAAAUCAUCCAACUUUCUGAGUACCUCAAAGAGGCCUUACAAAGGGAGCUGGUUCUAAAACAGAAAAUGGUGAUUCUCCAAGACCUACUCUCCACUCUGAUAAGGGCCUCUGACAACUCUUGGAAGGGCCAGCUUAAUGAAGACAAAUUGAAGGGCAAACUGAGAUCUUUAGAAAACCAGCUGUACGCCUGUACCCAGAAAUACCCCCCUUGGGGAAUGAAAAAGGUGUUAUUGGAGAUGGAAGACCAGAAAAACAACUAUGAGCAGAAAGCCAAGGAGUCACUGCAGAAGGUGCUGGAGGAGAAAAUGAGCGCGGAGCAGCAACUGCAGAGCACACAGCGGUCACUGGCUCUGGCCGAGCAGAAGUGCGAAGAGUGGAGGAGCCAGUAUGAAGCUCUGAAGGAGGACUGGAGGAACCUGGGGACCCAGCACAGAGAGCUGGAGAGCCAACUCCACGUGCUCCAGUCCAAACUGCAGGGAGCAGACAGUAGAGACCUACAGAUGAACCAGGCUCUGCGACUUCUGGAAAAUGAGCACCAGGAACUGCAGGCCAAGAUUGAACACCUGCAGGGGGACAGAGAUCUGUACAGCUCGGAUACCCUGCACCUACAAGAUCAACUGAAGAGGUUAGAGAAGGAGAAACUCGCCCUGGUGGCCCAAGUACAGCAGCUGCAGGGUUUGCUCCAGAAUCAAUCUUUACAGCUUCAAGAACAGGAGAAACUCUUAACAAAGAAAGAUCAGGCUUUGCCUGUGUGGAGUCCAAAGCCCUCCCAUUAUGAAGUGGAACCUGAGGGUACAGGGAAGGAGAAAGAAUGGGAUUUCAGAGACCAGCUGCAAAAGAAGACUUUGCAGCUCCAGGCCAAGGAAAAGGAGUGCAAAGAACUGCAUUCGGAGUUAGACAACCUCAGUGACGAGUAUCUCUCCUGCCUGCGUAAGCUGCAGCACUGUCGAGAAGAGCUGAACCACAGCCAACAGCUGCCUCCCAGAGUAAGAGGGUCUAUCCUCCCAGAUCGCCCUGGAUGUUGGUGGGAUGGCUCCUCCUUUAGCCAAAUCCUGCAGAUAAAGUUUAUCAGCCCGUGCCAACAUCUGGCCAGCCUGUUCCAUUCAACUUGGUUUACAUGCUUGAUAGUAUAACAAGUGUCAGCAAACACAGGCUCAUGCAUCCAAGCCUAAUUUUCAUGGAAUUCUUGAGCCCGAGGGGAAGACUUACUAUUAGCUCAAGUAUGAAGUGGUGUUCUUUUAGCUUAUUAUGAGCUAGUGGUAAGAGUGAGGAGAGCAAAAGUACCACGGAAUACGAACAGAGCGUAAUAUAAUUUUGCUGAAUUAUGUCCCACCCUUAACUAUUCUUUUUUUUUUUUUUAAGAUUUAUUUAUUUAUU